CCUUUCUCCUCUUUUAUCAGUGCUGAGAGUCUGAGACUUUUGCCUCAGAGAGAGAGAGACGCCAUGGAAAGGCUUCUCCAGUCACCAUCUUCGUCCUCCAUAGCUCCUUUGAAAUUCCAAUCGAGGGCAUCUUCUUUGCUUCCCCGAUUGCUGCACUCGCCGACUCUCAGCUUUGCCUCUUCUCCCCGACCCGAGUCCCGCCGAGGCAACUCCAUUUCCUGCAACCACGACCAGAAGCCGACUCCUCAAUCGCCUUCGGUAUCGAUUCGGACAAGGAAUUCCUUGAUUGGUUCACUUUCUUCGUUUGUCAGAUUCGAUUCAGGCGAUGGAUCGAAACCUAAACCCGGAUUUAUCGAGCUGAUCGCCCGGGGAGUUUGUGAGCAGCGAAAGAUCAUAUCUACUGGAACACUCAUACCGAUCUCUGCAAUAACUGCCCUUUUACUCAACCCCAUUCUUGCACCUCCUGCUUUUGCGAGCUUCCAAACUGCAGCAAAAUCCGGAGGUGCCGCUGUAGGUAGCAAACUACUCCAAACUGAAUUGCUGACAAGUGCCUGGACUGGUUUCUUUGCUGGUUGCCUGCACACUUUGUCUGGACCUGACCACCUCGCUGCUUUGGCUCCACUUUCCAUUGGGCGGACCAGAAUGGAGAGUGCUGCCGUUGGAGCCCUCUGGGGAUGUGGCCACGAUGCGGGUCAAGUCAUAUUUGGUCUGUUGUUUUUACUUCUAAAGGACCGGCUUCACAUUGAAAUCAUUAGAACUUGGGGUACAAGAGUUGUAGGCUUGACCCUACUCGUCAUCGGUGCUAUGGGAAUCAGAGAAGCAUCCGAAAUUCCCGCACCAUGCGUUGCCUUGGAGAAUGGAGAAACCGACAUCAAUAGUAUACAGAUGGAGAAAACCUCAACCCCGAAAAAGAAAAUAGGGUUUGCGACAUUUGCAACGGGGAUCGUUCACGGGUUACAACCGGAUGCCCUGAUGAUGGUUCUGCCUGCAUUGGCCCUGCCAUCUCGGUUAGCUGGGGCUGCAUUUCUCAUCAUGUUCUUGGUUGGCACAGUAAUCGCGAUGGGAAGCUACACGGUGUUCAUAGGGUCAUGCAGCCAAGCCCUGAAGGAAAAGGUCCCGAGGAUCACCGAGAAACUGACGUGGGCGUCUUCUCUCAUAGCCAUCGGCCUCGGGUUGGCGAUCAUCAUCAGCCAGUUCUUCGGGUUCAGCCUCUACUGAGAAGCCGCCGGCAUAUAAAAACACCUUCAAGUCUGAGAACUUGUUCAUCUCUGGAGCUCUAGAAGAAAAAGAAUAACAAUAAUUUUGAUUGUCCUUGUCUAUCGCUUUGUGAUUCUUUUCCCAAUAGAGAAGUGUGGUUUAUUAUAGGUUUCGCAAUUUGAUACACAAUAUUUUCUUUUUU